UGUCUAAUGGCUGAACAACAACAACUGUCGGCGAGCGACAAACUUUCACAAACUUCUACGGAGACGAAAGAAAGUCGGAUAUAGCACACUGGUUCGAUUCUAUAAUAGUUUAGGCGUGUUUGUCUGUUUUUCUUGUUGUCACAAAUGUGGAAUUACUGAUGGAUCCGAGAUAUGAUAUACCGCGGAGGGCCGCCGGUGGUGGCGGGGGCUCCGCGAACUCGUCUCCCGCUCUGGGGGCUCAGUCGCGCCGCAGGAAGAUGCCUCCCAGACCCGCUGAUUUUAAACUUCAAAUUAUCAUUAUUGGCUCCCGUGGUGUUGGUAAAACCAGUCUCAUGGAGAGAUAUACGGACGACACUUUCUGCGAAGCUUGCAAGUCGACAGUAGGAGUUGACUUCAAAAUCAAGACCGUUGAGCUGAGAGGGAAAAAGAUCAGACUACAGAUAUGGGACACUGCUGGUCAGGAGAGGUUCAACAGCAUCACCUCAGCCUACUACAGAGGUGCCAAGGGAAUAGUGCUAGUGUAUGAUAUCACCAAGCAGGAGACCUUUGACGACCUUCCUAAAUGGAUGAAAAUGAUAGACAAGUACGCCUCAGAGGAAGCAGAGCUUCUCCUGGUCGGGAACAAGCUGGACUGUGAGACCGAUCGUAUCAUCUCCAGACAGCAAGGAGAGAGGUUUGCCUCUCGAAUAAGUGGAAUGCGCUUCUGCGAAGCCAGUGCCAAGGACAACUUUAAUGUGGAUGAGAUCUUCCUGAAGCUUGUGGAUGACAUUCUUAGCAAGAUGCCUCUGGAAGUUCCCAACAAGGAGCUUUCCAACAGUGUCCUGUCUCUGCAGCCUGAACCGGAAGUGCCUCCGGAGUUGCCUCCACCUCGCAUGCGCUGUUGCUGAGAGUCAGAGUGGUCUCUCACUCACACACACACACACACACACACACACACACACACACACACUCACUCUCAGCGCUCACAGCUCACACAUGCAGAGCAUCAAUCUGGCCACUAGGGGGCAUGACACAGCAGCAGUUUGGAAAUAUUGACUACUGCUGUUCAAAUGCAUGGACUCUCUUUAACAACCAAUAUUAUCUUCCCCUGUUUCUUCUCCUGUUUUGUAACUGUACACUCUGACAUGUGCCACACUAACACUUAGCGCCUGGCGAAAUCACCCACUUCCUACCACCUUUCUGUCGACACUUGACCCAGACUACCUCAUUCCUCGGACCGUUAGGCUUGCCGUGCCCCACAGGUGCCUUCAAGGUAGAGAGCCCUCUGGUAGCAGUUGCACAUUUUCUAUGGAGGGGGAUUAUUGAGGGCCUUACAGCUUGUUCUCUUCCUGUUUUCUUUUGUCAUCACACAUACUGUAGACUAUGUUUAACAUUGUCUGAGUUGCCCUGAUGUUUCCGUUAUCUGCAUUUUCUAGCUCACAGAAAAGGGAUAACGAUAUCUCAUGUCUUUUCAGCUUAGGUUAAAUUCUGGGUCUGGUACAGUAGUUUUAUAUUGUUAUUAAUAGGUUUUAUUACCAAGUGAGGAGUUGACUUGAGGUAAACAAAAGCACAUGAUGUAAAUAUGGUGUGUUGCUGUAAUGACUGGACAAGGUGCAGAUUUUUGUGGCCAGCAGAAGGUGGUUUUGUGGUGGUGAUCAUAUCAGUUUGUAUUCCUUUGCCUUAAAGUAUUAAAGUGGCUGGAACGGCUCUUUUCACAUUUGUAUAAAUCGUAAUGUUUUGCACUACAAUCCAUCUUAACUAGUUAAGCUGACAUGCAGUAGAAGAAAGUACACAAGUUGUAGUAUAGCACUAAUAAAGAUCAGCAUUGCCGCAGUAGUGGCCGCUCGGAACCACUCUUCCACAUCCUGUUAAAGUGGGCUGGAGAUGCAAGGAGAGAUGGGUAAUGUAGUCUUUGAGGGAUUGGUGUUUUUCACAGGGACAUUUUCCAUGUGUGUUACUGGCUUUUCAGAGGGAAAUAGAGACAGUAAGAAGCUACACAGACACAUGGUUUUCGCCUUCAUUUUAAUAUUUCUAAGUGUUUUUGUUUUGACCUUUUUCCUUUGAAUUCAGAUACAGUUUAGAGAGGAGUCUCCCUUUGCAGGGUGAGAAAUGCAGGAAGGGUUGUGUUGUAUUUGAAUGACUCAGGAAACUUCGGCUCAUUUUCUCUGGCUUUUUAUUGCAGACUUGCUUCGAGUUUCACAUCAAAUUAAUAAAGAAACAUCUUCAUAAAAAUCCCGCUUGUGUUUUAUAGAGGAGGUUAGCAGCUUUGAAUUUAUGAUUUGGCAGUUUGUUAUGGACCAGUGUGGAGAUUAUGCACAUUUGAAAAAUACUAGGCUAUGCAUGUUAAGCCCUCCUUCGUCGUUCAUAGACAUUGGUCAUGAUUAAAUUCUUCCAUCUUUGUUGUGGGAUUAAUGCAGUAAGACAAAUGUAGCGCUGUGGAUGUUUCUGUCUUGUUACAUGUUGAAGUAAAAACCUGAGGCUGAGGAAGGACGAGAUUUGGAAUUAAUCAAACCGACUUUCUAUAGGUUAAUUUUAUUUUUUGCUGAGGUUUUAUGUUAAGUUCAGGCUUUUGUGGACUUAAAAUGGCACAUUUUGUAUUCUAACAAAUGAAUAGUUUCAUACCAGAAGAAAAAUGUUGAAAAAGUGAGACUUUUGGCAACAGAACAGUCACUGACAUACAGCACAACGACCUUCACAUGCAAAUGUCCAAUUUAGCAAUCCGAUCACUCGUGUUUUGAAAUGCUGAGCUGUGAACAUUUCUUCAGACAUUGUUUUUUGGAAUGAAACCUUUCCCCCCCCCCC